AGUGUAAGUGAUUCAAGAUAGUACCACAAGGGUUCACUGGGCUCCUCACAACCUUUAAACCCAACAAAAAGAAGACUGAGCCAGGAGGAACAGGGCGCCGCCUUCAACACGAACUAUCCUGUAGUAUUUCAAUUCAUUCUUUUGUUGUAGGAUAUUCAGGAUUAUCAGAAAAAAUGGGAAGUGAAAGUUUUAUGAACUUUUGGUCAUCUAUUGUUAAUGAUGACUGUAUCCAGGACCAGCUGAAGUCUGUCAUGACCAUAGAGGAUAGAGAAGAGCGAGCACUGCAGCUCCUCUCUCGCACUCUGUUUCUUUUAGUGAUGGAAAUCAAGCAUGAGCGUGAUGCAGUUACCAAGACACUGAACCAGAUGAAGGAAAGGUCUAGCAGGUGCACUUCACAAGGAGAGAAUGCUGUAGGUGAUGCUUCAGGUAGUGUAAAACCUUAUGAGCUGCAACAUCAGAAAGAAAUGAAUCAGUUGGAUUCACAGGAGAGUCCUGUAAAGAUAAACAUUCCAAUUAUGCAAUCAGAAGGAGAUGGUUAUGGCAUUCAGAAGAUUGUUGAUGCUUCAGGAAAGAAAGAAAGUAAAUUAAUGAAUAAUCAGAGAAGAAACAAUGACUAUCGAUGUCUGUCCAGAUCCCCCAGAAGAGUAAGUCCAAAAAAUAGUAGAGAGAUUGAAGAGAAAGAAAAUGGUAUGACAAAUGGGAAGGCUUCAGAAGAAAUUGCUUCAAAAAUUCUUGCUCCAGAAACAUUGUCUCUAGAUGAGAAUGAACUGUAUAUUAAUGUGUCAAAAAGAAGGGCUCUAGCAACACAGACUGUGAGUGUCCCAGAGACCCUUGCUGUAGAGAAUACAAGUGCCCUCAAUACAAAUGUGAAUGAAAAUACAGACUUUUAUGGAAACAAUGUUAGCAGUGGGAGUGAAAUAUUAGAGGAAACAGUCACUCCACCUUGGAAUUCUCCUAUUGAUGGAGGAAAAGAAAUGAGAAGUCCUCAUAAAGAUCAAAUAAGUACUGAGUCCCUGAAUCAGAGAAGUCCAGUGCUAGGAAAGCAAAAUCGACUCUCAACCUCAGCAACCAUGAAGGAAACAAUUGAUGUACCUGUAAUCUCCCCUCUGGCAUUAAACUUGGAUGCAAAUAAACAGUCACCAAAGCCACUGGAUUCAAAAGGCAUAAAAAGAACUAAGAUUAUUACUUCAACCCCAAAGUAUUCUUCCCUUAGCACUCAGAAUUUUUCAAGCUCGCUGAAUGAUUCUACAUCUCCCUCACUUUUGCCAGCUGUUAAAAACAAAGCUGUUAGAAAUAAUAAUGAGGAAACACAUCCUUCUAAUCCAACUUCUCUUGAAAACCUGCAAGAACAAAAGCAAUCUUCAAAAUCAAGGAAAGCUUUUCAGAGGUGUUUAUCAAGUUCCAGAAUAUCUCCACCAAUAGGAAAUUCCCGUAGCCUGAGGAGAUAUAAAACUACAGAUGAGCAAAGCAAGAUAUCUUUGAGUAAGAUUAUUAUUGAACCACCUACAUCUAAUAAGAAAAAAUAUAAACAGACAAAGAUCUCUUCAAAUAUAUUUCAAAAGAAGACAGAUGUUGCAAAAGCUACUGGUGGUGUACAAAGCAAAGUGUUCAACCCCUUUGAUGAAGCUGCUGCUAUUAGUGCUGCACUAGAGGAGUCCCUCAAGACCAAGGCUUUUGAUGACAUGAUGCGUAAAAAACGUGAUGCCUUACUUGCUGAGUCAUAUGCUGUAAAGUCGGCUGUGGGAGUUAGCGGUCAUUCAAAUAGAAAAGACAACCAGGAAUUAAGUCCAACCUCAUCCUCUGUAUCUCAUGAAGAAGCAUGUAAGAAAGAAGUUAAAGUAAGGAAAGAGUGUCCAGUAAAAACCUUUGAGCUUUGUCCAAUGAAGUUAAGAUCUAGCCCUCAAAAAAGAAAAUUGGAAAGUCCUGAGUGUGAAAAUGAAAGUCUAACUAAAGCAAAGAGGGUUCUACAGCAGGACAGAACAAAAAAGCAAGUUGAAAAUGAAAUUUUAGAAUUGGAUCAGCUGCUGGACAAAAUUAAUAAAAGUCCACUGCAGGAGAAUAAAGUAAAAAAAAAAUUGCAGAGGAAAUGCGAGUUGCAGAAACCUAGAAGUAAGGUCAUCGAUGACAGUUUUGAUGUGGUUCCAAUUAAAAACAAGGUGCCUGAGUUUGCCCACCGUGGGGAUGUGGUACGGAAGAAGGCUGACCGUAAGCAGUUAGCAGGUUGGCAGUGCCAUGAAUGUGAAAAAUGGUAUGAAGCACAUCCAGACCCACAAGAAAAAAAGGUAUAAUGAGGUUGUAGGAAACCUAAGCAGUUGUGCUGAGAUCAAGAAAUAUUGGCAGGUAGUGUACUAGUCUGCCAGACACAAUCCUCACCUGCAUACCAGUGCAUUGGACACGUUAAGGGAAGAACACAC